CACAUUGUGUGUAGAGGUGGCCUUAUAGUUAUGAGUAAGGAGUUUUUCAUUUUUAUUUAAAAACCUCAGGGGAAUCUACUGACAACAUGAUGUUGCCAACUGCCCUCAUUGUAGUUUUGGCUGCUGCCUUUAUACAGGUAUCUGAUGCUAAGAAUCAAGUCAACCAGAAUCUAGGGGAUGUGCAUUCAACAAAAAGUAAGGACGCCUGGAAACCAGUUGUCGGUCCGACUCGAGCAGAGAUUGAAAAAAUGGUCAGGGAAGAUGGUGCUUUCAAAUCAAUUGUCAAAGAGACCUGGGAAUUGGUGGCUGCAACAUUAAUGGAACCAAUACACAUUCUCUGCAGUAUAAUUGGAACUAUGAUAACAAUUCUGAAAUUGGCAAUCGAGAGUUUACGACAAACAGGAGUGUCUUUGAUGCAGAUGAGCAAGACUGUAUGAGAAAUGCAUCAAUAGGUGAAGAGUCUGUUACCAUAACUAUCAAACAUAAUAAAGCUCUGUAGUCUUCAUUGUUA